AACAAGACAAAGUGAGUCAUCUACCAGAUACUACACCAAAAGAUGGAUGCCAAAAAGAAGAGAAAACUGAGCAGAAAAUGCUUAAUAGUAGAGGGCGGAAAGAGAAGAACACCAAAGAGACAGAUGUAUACACCUUCCCAGGAGACUCUGAGCCAGAGAGUCCACCGCCUGGACCUUGGGCGCACUGCACCUUCAUCCAGCGCCGAAGAAAAAAGAGGGCUAUAUUGAGGCCUUUCUCUGGCUUAGACACUUGGCAACACACAACGGCAACCGGCAGAAGGACCAGAGGAAAACCCUUAGGAUCAAAGGAGCAUAGGAAAACCACAAAGGUUGGGGAAAGUAAGUUCAAAUUUAAAGAGGAAGAGGAAGAGAAGGUACGAGGAAGGCAAAGGUCAGUAGUUCAUCACCAACUGGAUGGAGACCUCUCCCAAGAUAUUUUUACAUGUGUAGAAUGUAGCAUUUACUUCAAGAAACGUACCCAUCUACGUGAACACAUGCGAGAGCAUGGCCAGGUCGGUGGAUCUGGGAAGAAUUUGCAAUUUGGAGAGAAAGACUCUUGGAGUGGACUUCUUAAUAAAAAUGCUUUUGAAUGCAUAGAGUGUGGUCUGGAGUUUGUAGACAAGGUAUUGCUGCAAGAUCACCAGCAAUGCCACGAGGAGUCACGGCAGCAAAUCCUUGAAGAGAUUGGAAAAUUAAAGGAGGGGGACAAGGGGGUGGCAGAGCAAGCAAGUUGCAGUAAGGCAAUGGAGCCAGUCAUCCAAGAGUCAACGGAGGUCAGCCAGUUUGUGUGUCUUAAGUGCAACUUUAGCUCUGAUUUGCCUCAAGAAUUUGCUGAGCAUGCCAAGAUGCACAACACCCGAACAAGGGCUGGUGUCUAUCGAACUUCACCCCGAUUUCAGCAGAAGUCCUGCAAGAAAGGACAGGUUCAGUCCUCUGCAGCUGCUACAUCAACUUUUGUCACAUCUCCUCUCAACAAGAGGUACCCCAUCCGAACAUCAAAAAAAUCUAAAGAAACACAGCCUGAAAGUGGCCCUUCACAGGUGGACUCUAGUUCAUUGUCUUGCCAAAAUGCUUCUACAACCCCAGGGGAGGCCACAGACCAACCUGGUAAAGCAAGUUUGAAUGACAACACAGACCCGGUUGAGGAGUUGAGACAAACCGAAGAGGCCAGGACAACUGUGGCUAAUCUCGUGAAAGAGAAUGUUCCACAACUUCAGCAUCUCAUGUCAUCUCUGCCAAAUCAAAGGGCUGCUCCACGUCGUAAGGAUGUGGCAUUCAAGAGCAUAGGGAAUAAAUGCACAAUCCGGGCUAAAAGGGGUAAACGUGGGCGCACAAGAGCGAGUACAAGACUGGAUCCUAAAUCCACCCUUACUCCCAUUAUGAAAAAACGAGUCCAAAUCUCGAACCAGACUGAAGAUAAGGGCCAGACAGAAGACAUUCCAACACCAGAACCAGAACAUGAUCCAAAACAAGACUCCAAAAAAGACCCUGUGGAGGUACCUGCCCUGGCCUUGCAGCUGAAGAACAGCUUCUCAGCCAGCCUCCGAGGGCCAGCAGAGAGGCUGGGGUUGCUUGAGGGGCAGCAAGCCCAGCUAAGAAACAAGUUGCCCCUCAUCCUCAUAGAGUUUCUCAGCUCUGACCUCCAAACUCCCCUCUCAUGCAGCAAGGUGAUGGGGAUGGAGCCACCUGCAAAUGAUCCAGAUCUCAAAUCCAACUCCUCCUCACAAAAGAAGAACAGCAAAAAGCUUGAAGCACAGGAGGAACCCAAAGUCAAAGUCAAAUCUGAUAGUCAGGAGAAGAGUGUAGAAGGCAAACUUGUUGCUGCAAAGCUAGAGGAUGAUGAGGAUGAUGAUGAUGAUGAUAUUAAUGCUGAUGAAGAUGAAGAGGAUGUUGUCAAUCGCCUUAUUGGUGCAUUAACUGAGGAAGAUUAUGAUGAUGAUGAUAGAGAGGGGUUGUUGAAGAAUGUGGAAAGAAAAUGCCCUUAUUGCUCGGAUCGAUUCCAUAAUGGCAUCGGACUAGCCAAUCAUAUUAGGGGUCACCUGAACAGAGUGGGUGUUAGUUACAAUGUAAGGCACUUUAUCUCCCCAGAAGAGGUCAAUGCUAUUGAGAAGAAAUUCUCCUAUCAGAAAAAGAAGAAAAAAGUCGCCAACUUUGACCCAUCAACCUUCAGUGUAAUGAGAUGUGAGUUCUGCAGUGCUGGCUUUGACACCAGGGCUGGUCUCUCCAGUCAUGCCCGAGCCCAUCUGAGAGACUUUGGCAUCACCAACUGGGAAGUCACAGUUUCUCCCAUUAACAUUCUCCGAGAGCUUUUUGCCAAGCAUCCAGAUCUUGUUCUACCUACUGCCAUCACUCAUACUCUCCAGUCAGAUCAAGAACAAAACUCUGAUGAGGAGCAAGAGAGCAGGAAAGACAUGAAGGAUGAGGAGAACAUGACAGCAGAACCCGCCACUCUUUCUUCUGACUCUCCAAAACUGCGCUGGAAGGAAGAACACAGUAUCAGUGAAUUGGAGGGUGGAGAGGAGGCAGAGGAUGGAGAAGAAGAAGAGGAGCCCCAAAUACCUGUUACAGAUAAAUUGGCCACAAGUCCAGGAGAAAAGACCCUGUUCUCUAUUGAGGAAAGGAGCCCUGAAUCCAAAGAGACAGACGCUAUGGGCUCUAACCUGUUGAAAUGUGAGUUUUGUGGUGCUACCUUUGAGACUCGUCGUGGUUUGUCCAGCCAUGCCCGUUCUCACCUACGGCAGCUCGGCAUCAGCAUGUCGGAGAACAGUGGUGCACCCAUUGAUCUCCUCUACCAGAUCACUAAGGAACGCUCCAUUGAUGCUCACUUCACUGGCACCUCUUCUACUGUGGAGUCUCCUAAGAAGCCUCAGCACCAUGCCCAUAUUGUUCCUAUACCUAGCCCCACAAAAGAUGUUGAAACUGAAGAAGGGCUGCAGGAUACCAAGCCCACUGUCCCAUUCUCUAUUGCGGGUUCCACUAUUAAAGUUUCCUCUUCCCCAACUACUCACUCUGCAGCUGGCUCUCUGCCUUCCUCUCCAUCCUCCCCAGUACUGAGAAAGGCUCCCAUCUCUUCCCUGCUACCUGUGUCUUUCCCACUGCGAUCCCGGGAGCAUAAGACCAUAGGAAAGAACCAGUCUACAAAUCAUUCCAGUCCGAACAAACCAUUCUGGGCACCGCAAGAGACGGAUGCCCCUUUGAAUCUUACAAUGGACGUGGACUCUAAAGACAUUAUUUGCCAGUUGUGUGGUGCGUGGUUUGAAACAAGAAAAGGCCUGUCGAGCCAUGCUCGUGCCCAUUUGCGCCAUUUUGGGAUUGAGUACUCUGAAUCCAAGGGCUCCCCCAUUGACUUACUCAACCGGUUCAUCUUGACUGAUGACUUUAAACACAGAGCAAAUUCUUUUCUCUCAGAUGGUCCUGAGGACCUAAGGUCCCAGAAGAGCAGCAUGACUUCCCUCCAACCCUCCACUUCCACUUCCUGUAAGAGAUCCCUUCCCUCCAGCCCUGUCCUAUAUAAAAUGGCAAAUUCUUCUUUGAAGACAACCAUUGGCUCCAAAGCUACAUCCUCUUCUUCCCGCCCCUUAUUGGGCCCACCUCCAAAGAAGCGGAAACCCUCUUCAUUGCAAGUCCUUCGUUUCAGUAGUGGAGAAGUGAUGUCUUUUCCUAUAGAGCCAAUGAAAGAUGUGGGCUGUGAAUUCUGUGGAGAACUUUUUGAGAAUCGCAAAGGCCUCUCCAGUCAUGCCCGCUCCCAUCUGCGCCAACUUGGGAUCACCGAAUGGUCUGUGAAUGGCUCACCUAUUGACACACUAAAAGAGAUUAUUGUUCGUCGAGGCCUACCUUCAAUCAUGCCUCUAAAGUCCCCCAAAUCUCAGAGCCCAGGACUGUCUCGGCCAGGGAAUGUGCUUGGGCGCCAGCCUUUGCACUUUGCCCAAACACCAAGCGAUGAUCAGCCUACUAACCGCAAAAUGUCUCCUUCGACAUCCACUGCCAGUUCUUCCCCAACCUUAGAGCUGGUUAAACUGAAACCAGAGCCUAAAAUUGUAGAGAUUACCAUGAAAGAAUCAGACAUUGGAGUAAAUGAAAGCUACAACCCAGAGUCACUACAUUCCAGUUUAAACACUUCAGACAGUAUUUAUCCAGUCAACUUGGUUAUGACUCAGGAGAAGGAACCUUCCCGUGAUAUUCGCUGUGAAUUCUGUGGCGAAUUCUUUGAAAACCGCAAAGGCCUCUCAAGCCAUGCACGUUCACACUUGAGGCAUAUGGGUAUCACAGAGUGGUCUGUGAAUGGCUCGCCAAUUGACACACUGUGGGAAGUCAUGAGGAGGCAAGGCACUACCCCUGCAUCUGUUGCCUUGGGCAUAAAGGAGGAACCGGGACAGGAUGGUGGGAUUUCAAUGAACAGUACAGGCUAUCAGUCCUCUGCUCUGUCCCGUAAGUCACCUCUUAACCUGCUCCACUCUGGUUCACGCCUCCAUAAGCAUGGGCUGGGAAGCAUUGCCUUAUCCUCCAACUCACCUGUGGGGAAGAUUUUUGGAGUGCCUCCGUUGAAGAAGAAGGUGAUGUUGGAGGAGGGACCGCCAGGAGAAAAACUGCUCAUCCAAUCUAGAAACUUCUUGCCUCCCUCACAGGACUAUUCAUUUAAGGGUAAAACCUCAACGGAGAAGCAUGGGGUAGGCCACAUGGAUGCCAGUUGUGAACUCUGUGGAUUCUACUUUGAAAACCGGAAGGCGCUGGCCAGUCAUGCUCGAGCACAUUUACGACAGUUUGGCGUGACAGAAUGGUGUGUAAAUGGUUCACCUAUCGAGACACUGAGUGCCUGGAUACGCAGCCGUCCACAGAAGGCAGCAGAGAUGCAGCAAAGUUAUGCACAAGGAGCCCGUUAUACCCAAAAGAAAAGGUGCAGUUCCACUCUCUCACCGUCCUGCGACUCUGACCCUUCUUCAACUGUUUCCCAAAAGCCCACUGUGGCCAAGUGGGCAUCUCUCACUUUGCCUCAAAAGAGAGCAGUUGGACGCGAUGUCAACAGUUGUUCCUGGGGAUUAUCGUCACGGGGAACAGAUACAAAAAUCAGGAGUGGAACUUCCACUCAGCAUGGCCUUAUUCCACAGCCUGGCAGUCAGCGUUCCAAUAAUACCCUUCCACAUGCGCAGGUGGCUCAUAGUGAACUCAACGUGCGUUUGCCACGAGGAUUUGAGAGACGACCACUUAAACACCCGUCACAUUCUGAAGGAGGGGAGGGAGAGAGUGGCCCCCCAAAGCCUCGCUCCAGUACCAUUCCUGCCCUUGUGCCAAAGCCACCCUCCACCCGACUGGUUAGCCUUGUGGGUAAAAUUUACUCACUCAAGUGUCGGUUCUGUGACGUGGAGUUUCACGGCCCUCUCUCGGUACAGGAGGAUUGGAUCAGGCACCUACAGCAGCACAUCCUCAAUCUUAACUACAACAAGACUGCAUCACGUGCAAAUGACACUCCUGCCCAAAGUGAUCCUCCUAAUCCCAAGCCCGUAGUCUUAGCUGCUACCUCCACUUGCACUACAUCCCCAUCUGCACCCUCCCCAAAGCCUGCAACUAUGCCCACAUCAGCCUCUACACCUACACCCGCUCCCAACCAAUCCUCCGUGGGGCAGCCGGCCACAGCAGAGCCACUUCCUUCUCCUGCUAAUUAGGCCAUGUGUCCUUCCUACAUAUGUAUAAGAUGUCAUCAUCUUCAUCAGUUAUUUCCAUAAUUUGUUUCUGUUUUACUCAUCCUGAUCAUUUAAAUCUUGAUAAAAGGGAGAGAUUUUUCAAAAAAUCUCAGCUAGCGACCCACUUGCCCUGACCUACAUCGCAAGCAUCUGUUAAGAUUCGUGUUGCCAUGGCAGUUUUUAUCUCCUUUUCAUCUCGUAAGAAUCGGUAUUUAUAAACAA